CAAACAACAACAAAAUAAAAAGUUUUUCUUUUAUUUUAUUUUUUUCUCUUUUUCUCUCUUUUCCUUGCCUUUUUUUUUUGUAGAAGUCCCAAGCAAUGUACAACAAGAUUAGAAGAAGAGAGGAUUCAAAAAUAAACUACGCUCGCGAUUACCUGGACCGUGACAGUGGUAUUGUGACAGAAUGUGAGUCGGACGCUGACUACCAUCGUCCCCAUUAUAUCUUUAGUGAUGACGACCAGGAUGUGCAUCACGCUUUGAAUCAAUUAGGUGACAUUCACCAUAUUCCACAACAACAACAACAACAACAGCAACAACAGCCAAUGGACAGCGUGUACAGUUCACCCAGCUACUAUACGAGUUUAGCAGACCAAUCCGUGACGCUGAUACGACAUUAUUUAAAAGACAGUGGAUGGAAAAAAGUGUUGAAGCAUAAGAGCGGCACAACAGUCUAUAUGCUUCAAAGUGCGGUAGAAAAGACAGCCUUGUUUCGAGGUGAAGCUAUAAUUCAAGGGUUUACCCCUCAGUCGAUCUUUUACGUCAUUGGCAUGCGAAAAUUAUGGGAUGAGCAGUUUGAGGAAGGAAAACUGAUUGAUAAUUUGAAUGAUACGACUUCAUUGACCUAUGAAUCUUACAAAUCCACCACCACUUCAAAAGCAUAUGAUUUGACUCUGGUAGAAAAAAUUGAAUGCUCCUCCGAUGGUGAAAUCCUAUUUGCAUGUACCAGUAUUGAUACAGCUAAAGUACCAAAGACACCUGGUAAAAACCGAAACCAAGUCAAGUUACAAGGAUGGAUAUUACGACAAUUAAAUACAUCACCCGUGUCUACUAAAGUCACGUAUAUAACACAAGAAAAUAUCAAGGGUUGGAUACCAGGUUUAACAAAAAAAUCGUUAGCUCGUAAACCCUUGAUUAUUGCAUCCAUUGAUAAUUAUCUUCGACAAAAAUCACAUCGACUUCGGUUGCAAUUACCUCCUACAUCAUCCACAUCUACUCUACAUACCACUACACCAUCUAGACUAUCCCCCCAAAGCAUACUUCAACAUAAUAAUAAUUCCAGUUCUUCCAACAAUAUAUCGAUUAUCACACAGACAUCACCUACUUUAGGACCUUCCUCUUCUGUAGAAACGGUAGAUAAAAAAUACAAUACCAUCAUCCUCUCCAACCCUCCACCUCGUAUAUCCUCCCUUGCCAGCAAGAACUCAGGCAAGACAAAGCAUAUAUCCUUUGCAGAUGAAGUUCAAUUACACAGUCCACCUUCUACAAGUUCUUCUUCUUCAGCAAGGUCUUCCUUGAACGAUGAAGACACACUUUCCGCCUCCACCGGCAGUCCUCUUCCUCCACCACCAUUGCCGCCAGUGCAUCAAUUAUCACCGAUUCAUGAAGUGUCUCCUAGUUCACUUCCUUUUUCAAGUACGACAACGACGGCCAAGAAAGAGUUUAGUAGUACGAAGGCAGUGGCGGGAUCUAAAUUAUACCCGGCGAGUCGACAUCGUGUGGAGCGCAAGCAAUGCCUGGACCAGUUGAAAAAAUAUGCGCAUAGUGAUAUGAACGAUUGGAAAUUAAUUGGUGAGAGAAACGAGCGUACAAAGGUGUAUACGCAAGCAGUGGAAGGUAGCAAGUUACCCAUGAUGCGUAGUGAUACAACAUUUUAUGGAACGUGGACACCUGAGCAAAUCUGUUCUGUUGUUCAAUGUUUUGGAGCGCGAAAGAUAUGGGACGACUAUUUUGAAGAUGGACAUGUGGUAGAAAGAUUUUCACAAAAGGAGUACUUGAUCUAUAUGGAAAUGAAAAGUUUAUUUCCUAUCCAAAGUCGAGAUUUCUCAAUCCUGUCGUGUAUUGAAAGUAAUGUGAAUAGUGGUACAAUUUAUGUGGCAUCCACCAGUGUUGUGGACGAGUUGAUCCCACCCGUGUCACAUCAUAUGCGUGGCACAUUUCUAACUUAUGGUUGGGCCUUGGAACCACUUCGAUCAAUACAGCAUCGACUGAUUGGCGUGAAAGCAACGUUUAUUGCUCAUUUGGAGAUGGGAGGUGUCACACCUCUACCGUCCGCCAUCUCACGUCUACUAACCAACGAACUCCCCGUGUGCACAGACCGUGUACAGAAUUAUUUGAGACAGCAUGGCUGUCCGCCUUAUAUUCGACGCGUGGCGGGUAAAAUUACGUUGGAAGCGUUUGAUGAAAAGGAGAAGCAAUACACAAUUCAUUUUACAGCGAAACAUGCACCAUCAGCCAGACAAUAUCGGAGUCGUAACACGAGCGUGUUGGAAUCCAUGUGGUGUACAGACUUACGCACGCAUCCCAGCAUGUACCCGUUUGGGUACACCAUCGAGAGUCAGCCGAAGCAUGGUGUACGCGUGGAGAUGAGAUCGGAUGCGAUGGGGAUGAGGAUUUAUACGGAGAGAGAGGAGAUGGAUGGACAGACGGUGACGGUAUGUAUUCGACAGAAUCGUGAGUGUCUACCCGGUGGAAAGCCAAUGUUUCAGUGGAACGGGACUGUCUUGUUGAAUGGAGAGAAUGUGGAAGAGGAAGAAGAAGUGAAGACGGAUGUUGAUAUACCAACGAUCCAAGAAGAUAAACCGCAUGAUGAUAGAAUUGAACAACCCAAUAGCAAGGACGGACGAAGAAACAGCCAUUUAGUGAUUUUAAGUGAUGAUUUGACUUUUACAGGACAUCAAUUUUCUUUUGUUAUUUUAUUAAUGGUGAUUUGUUAUUAUCUUGGUAAAUUCUCUUGUCGUUGUUCAAUCUAGUGUCUGCUAUAAAUAAACGACUGGGUAGUUUUUUCCUUCGCCCAACAAAGCUUUUUUUUUUU